AUGAACCUGUUCCCUGCCAGGUCGUGUAGGCAGGCCAGGGAGGAGGCGGGAUUCACUACCUCGCGACCAAAGGACAAGCAGGAACAGUGUCGCCUGAUAGAGAUCACAAGGUUCCAGCUGAUAACCAGGGUUGUCAGGGAGAACAAAGAGAUACUCCGCACGGACCCACGCACGUCAUCACACCACAGCGUCACUAAGUCACCACGCCAACCCACCACACCAACACGCCACAACAGCCAACACACCAGCAAGUCACCACACCACCAAGUCACACCACUAAGUCACCACACCACCAAGUCAACACACCAGCAAGUCACCACACUACUAUGUUACCACACCACCAAGUUACCACGCUACCAAGUCACCAGGCCACUAAGUCCCCACGCCAGCAAGUCACCACACACGCAAGUCACCACACCACCAAGCCACCACACCAGCAAGUCACCACACCAGCAAGUCACCCCACCACCAAGUCACCACGCCACCAAGUCAUCCCACCAGCAAGUCACCACGCCACCAAGUCAUCCCACCAGCAAGUCACCACGCCAUCGUGCCACGCCCAAAGCAGCGCAGCACGAUUUCCUGACAAUCUGA